AUGUUAAGCAUACGAUUGUUCUAUAAAGUCUUUGGGUUAUUUGCAUUAUAUGUUAGUACUAUCAAUUGUCUUAGUUCCAUACCUUUGAACCAAACUACAUCUGAAUUACAUUCAAUCAAAGAUGAAAUAGAUUCAAAAUCAACAAUUAUAUUAGAAGACACCACAACUUCAGUUGAACUGCCGUCUAAAGAAACAUCAGAAGUUAUUAAAUUAUUCCAUGAUGAUAGUGUUAUACCAUUAGAAUUUGCUGAAGCUUUGGAUAAAAGAAGAGGUGGUUUUAGAGGUGGAGGUAGUCGUGGUGGAUCUAGUGGAUUCAGUGGUUCAAGUGGUUCAUCUGGUUCAUCUGGCUCAAGAGGUUCUAGUGGUUCUAGUGGUUCAAGUGGUUCAAGUGGUUCAAGUGGUUCUUCUGGAAACUCUGGAUUUUCAGGUUCAUCUGGAUCAAGUGGUAGUAGUGGUAAUAGUGGUUCAUCUGGCUCAUCUGGAUCGAGUGGUAAUAGUGGUAAUAGUGGUUCAUCUGGCUCUUCUGGAUCAAGUGGUAAUAGUGGUUCAAGCGGUUCAUCUGGCUCAUCUGGUUCAAGAGGUUCCAAUAGCAACAACAAUGGCGGUAGAGGUGGUGCCGCUGCUGGUGCUUUAGUAGGUGGUGGUAUCAUUUAUUAUUAUUAUGAUCAUAAUCAUCGUGUUGUCAGUACUGCUACUAGUCAUGUUUCUUCUACUAAUGAUACCAUGACUUCUUCAGUCUUAAUUAAUGGUGCUAGUUCAUUCACACCAUUGAGAACUAAUAAUUUACCAAUAAAAGCAAAAUUAUCAUUUAUGAUUCCUUCAAUUCUUAUGGUUUUGGUUACUUUAGCUGUUAGUCUUUUAUAA